AUGUCCCUCUUUCGGCGCGACGCGGUUCUCCGCGCGUACCACUACGUGCACCCCAAGUCCGGCAGGCCCAUCCGCCAGUUCCGCCGCUACGGCGACCCGCGGUUUAUCAACAACGAGGCGGCGCUCAUCAGGGGGCAGUGGGGCCUCGUCACCGCCGACUUUGGGAUGGUCACGCAGUCGCAGCUUGAGAACGCGCGACUGGCGAUGCUGCGCCGCCUCCCGCGUGGCGGGUUUACGCUGACGAUGCACACCGACUACGAGGAGUUUCCCGUCGUGAAGAAGAGCCCGGAGAGCCGAAUGGGGGCGGGCAAGGCAAACAUCCACCACUUUGCGUUCAAGUUCACGACGGGGAUCCCGCUGUUUGAGAUUUCGGCGGUCUCCUCGCGCCGCCUCAACCAGGCGGAGGCGGAGGGCAUCUUUUUGGCCGGCAGGGCGUUUAUUCCGCUGCAGACCGUCGUCGUGCCGCAGGGCCGCGUCGACGAGUACCACGUCUUCAGGUAG